AUGGGCCAAUCUUUCUGCGUUGCUGAAGCACCAACAUUCUGGGUUCCACUCCCCCAAACCGAGAAACACACGGUACCGCAACAGCCCGUCAAUUUCAAGAACACAGAUUUGUCCAGUAACGGAGGAUCAGAAGACGGAACAGGCAAGAGAAACCUCGAGUUACCAAAACAAAGAAAACACCACGACACGUGGUGCACAUGGCUCAGAGAUCCAAAGCGCUCGAAUGAGGUUGAACGGCCAAUUUUCAGCUUCUCAGAAGUAAUCACUAAUCGAUAUUUGGAACAAAAUCAAAUACCACGAGUAAAGAAUGAUAAAUGUGUUAGCCCUGUGCCGCCUGGUUUUGCUUCUUUAAAAUGUCUCGCGGAGAUUGUAUCGGAUCACAACUUUUCAUCAUCACCUGAGCAGGGCAUCAAAACUCCUUACCCUGUUCACGAGCUUGAUGAGAUUUUAAUUGGGAAUUCUGCACCUAGGCCAAUGAUUGGCAGAUUCAUUGAGCCUCAGUCAAACUUGAUAGACUUCGAAGUCACAACAACUGAAACUCGAUCGACAGAAGACUGGCGAGAUCCUUGGAUGCUCUUCGGAGAGCCUGGCAGUAUGCUAUUAGACGGUCGGUAA